UUGGCCUCGGAAGUUGUCUGGGCAGGGUCCGGUCCCGAGCGAGCCUGGCUGCUACUCUCGGGGACUGGAAUUCCGGCUAAUCCAGGCAGGGGUGGACCCCGGUCGGCUGCCUCUUAGCCACCUGUAGGGCAGUCGGCCUCAUGAAGAAGAAGUUUGUUGAAACUUUUAUUCAACUAUCUGGAAAGAAAACACGAUGUUUUGAAGUAUGAAAGGAUUACUGCUGCUAUACCAGAGGCUACGAAUAUUAAUGGGCAAAUCUAGUAAUCACACGGUCUUCUAAAGAAGUCAUGGGUAGCUGUUGUAGCUGUCCUGAUAAAGAAGCAGUCCCUGAUAACCAUCGGAACAAAUUUAAGGUUAUUAAUGUGGAUGAUGAUGGUAAUGAAUUGGGUUCUGGUAUAAUGGAACUUACAGAUACAGAAUUAAUCUUGUAUACCCGUAAACGGGAUUCUGUCAAGUGGCACUACCUCUGUCUGCGCCGUUAUGGCUAUGAUUCCAAUCUUUUCUCAUUUGAAAGUGGUCGAAGAUGUCAAACUGGACCAGGGAUAUUUGCCUUCAAGUGUGCUCGUGCAGAGGAACUGUUUAAUAUGCUGCAGGAAAUCAUGCAGAACAAUAGUAUAAAUGUAGUAGAAGAACCAGUUGUAGAAAGGAAUCUACAUCAAACAGAGAUUGAGGUUCCAAGAACACCUCUCACACCUACCACACCUGGAUUGAGUGGGCAGAAUUUACCUAAUGGGUACCCAAGGUAUCCCUCCUAUGGAGAUGCUUCAUCACAUCCUUCCAGCCGACACCCUUCAGUAGGAAGUGCACGUCUUCCUUCAGUAGGUGAAGAGUCCACACACCCCUUACUUGUAGCAGAGGAACAAGUCCAUACAUAUGUGAAUACAACGGGCGUACAGGAAGAAAGAAAAAGCAAACCAACUGCACGCACACCUCUGGAACAAAAGGUUCCCAAUGCAGAAACAAACAAGGCAAGAGAAGAAGAGGGUUGCUGUGAUAACAGGGAUGCACAGGUUGUACUGGAACCUCAAGGAGUCAAAUUUGUUUUGGGCCCUACUCCUGUCCAGCGACAAUUAAUGGAAAAGGAAAAACUGGAAUCAAGUGGGAACAGUACUCAAAUUAGUGGCAACAAUACUGAAACAAAUGGUAGCAAUACUCAAGCUAGUGGAAAUAGUAACCAUGAAUGGGAUACUGGAUAUGACAGUGAUGAACGCAAAGAAGUGUCUUCUGGUAAUAAACUAACGUAUGAAAAUGUAAAUAGAUUGUCUAUCCCUAAUGCUCCAGGGCACAGGAGGGGUCGUCUAGUGUCAUCCAGUACUUCUGAUACUCAAAACAUCAAUAAUUCAGCUCAAAGGAGAACUGCACUGUUAAAUUAUGAAAAUCUUCCUUCUUUGCCUCCAGUUUGGGAAGCUCAUAAGCUAAGUAAAGAGGAGGAUGACAGUUUAGGACCAAAGACUCCCUCUUUGAAUGGCUAUCAUAAUAACUUAGAUCCCAUGCAUAAUUAUGUCAAUACAGAGAAUGUAACAGUACCAUCAAGUGCUCACAAAGUUGAAUAUGCAAGACGUCGGGACUGUACCCCUACGGUCUUCAAUUUUGAUAUUAGGCGACCAAGUUCAGAACACAGGCAACUCAAUUAUAUACAAGUUGAUUUGGAAGCUGGCAGUGACUCUGAUAACCCACAGACUCCCAAAACUCCUACUACUCCACUUCCUCCAACACCAACCAGGCGCACCGAGCUAUAUGCUGUGAUAGAUAUCGAAAGAACUGCUGCUAUGUCAAACUUGCAGAAAGCACUGCCACGAGACGACGGUACUUCUAGAAAAACUAGGCAUAACAGUACUGACCUGCCUAUGUGAGCUUGGAAAACAGUAGUGAAAUCAUUUGCACCUUUGUGAAGAAUUGUUUUAAUUGGAUGAGUGCUGUUUUAUUUUUGAAUGCUAUCACCUUUCAUAGGUUAAUAGAUUUUUCUGAAUACUUCAUUUGCUUGCUUAAAGGGAAUUUAAGGUAGAAAAAGUAUUAAAUAACAUUAUCACUUUAUAAUUAUAGAAACAGCUUUUAAAUAUUUUUGCCAUUUUUAUAGUGCCUAUUUUAUUAUCUGAAAGUUAUAGUAGCCAAUUAUAAUAAAUUGGCCAUGUGCCUAAAAUCACUGUCAAGGCAUUAUGACACUCCUAUGCUGCCUGAAACUUGCAUUAUUUUCAAAUCAGUAGAAUUUCUCAUAGUACAUGAAUAGACUCACAGAUUCCAGUUGAAUUUAUGUGUGGUAUAAAUGAGAAAGAUUUUAGUCAAUGUCAGUGGUAAAAUCAUGGUACGGUUUUCUUUCAGAGUGCUGGGUUUUUGAGAAAGGACUGACAGGCAGCUGUUACCCUCCAAACCUCUUCUAAUAGGAGCAGCUUUCUAUAGUAAAUCCUUUUAUUAAAUCUAAUAAAGCCAAUUUUAGUACUGAGGAGAAUGCCAUUUAAUGGCUGAUUUGGGAGAGAGGGAAAAUGGAUGAAAUUGUCAUCUUCAUUAAGAUUUCAUUCAGAUGUCAUGUAGCUCAUGGAAUUGGUUUAAAAUUACCCAUGAUCUUUAGAUGCACUUUAAAUUCACUAACCAUAAGUCCAACAACUAGUAAUUUAAAACAUGUUCUGGUACUAUUUUAUUAAAAAGUUUGUGUUGCAGUUCUAGAAUUUGUUUUUUCUUUCUCAAGUUAAUAACAACAGGUAAAUAAUAUGAAGAACGUACAUCAUUUAGCAGGAAAAUGACAUGCACCUAAAUAAUUUCAAACCUUUUGCCAAGUGAAGAUGGAUAUUGUUAAAGGAGUACUAUGCUUUAUGGGCUAAGGGCUAUAAAUUGUAUAUAUAGGACAUAAAGGAUAAUAUUGCAUUUAUCUACAGUGCAACUUUUCUAGCUCUUUUUUCUUUGUGUAGCUCUAUUACUUUCUCUAAAACUGCUUUUGAGACCUUCAAAGACCUAUGAAGGCCUCCUGGAACAAAUAUUCCAUGCACUCUGACAGGAUGCAAGCAGAAGUAAAAAAUCAGGUCUCCUCCUAAUCCAUUCAAAAGUACCACUAAUGCACAGGUCUCUUUAGUUUGUGAUUUCCGUGUUAGUUAUUUUUUUAAAUACACCAACUUGAGUUUAGAAUUCACCUGCCACUAUUGUUGUAUGAGAUACAGCAUUAAUUUUUUUCCAUCAGAUUUCUUCCAUCAAAGAAUUUAAAAUUUGUCUUGCUUUAGAUAGCUCUUUUUAUACUUUUAUACAGAUAUUCACACUCUAAAUAUUUUUAAUAUAAUUCACAAUCAUGUAUCUACAGUGGGUUCUUUUUACCUUUUACUUUUGAAAAUCUUCUUUUACUUCCCUCUUUUCAGUUGUAUCAGUAGCUUAACUCUGUAUGUAAUUUGUGUUCAGCAUAUUUUCUGUGUUUCAUCUUGUUCAGUGUUUUUCAUGUGUAUUGGAAAGGCCCAUUUGUAAUAUUGUCAAUUAAGAGAAAGCUGACUUUCACAAUUUAAGGAUGCAUUAUGUUCAUUUCAGAGCAUUGUUAUUUUUACAGAGGCAUGAUGUAAUAUGUUUUCAUAUUUAGUUUAACCCAGAAAAAAGGAAUUGCAAACCAAAGUAUCAAAGUUAGAAUGAUGGAUUUAAUACAUUGUAUGACUUACUUAUAAAAGCCAGUAACAUGGUUUAGUUCUAUGAAUAAUGAGCUUGUGGCCCAAAAAUCCUUUCAGUUUUGUUAUAAGCUACUCUUUUCUAUAAACUGACUUAAUCUUAAAUCAGUUUUACUGAAAGUAAAAAUGGAAUGCCUACUGAAUGUAAUCUCUUAAAUUAAUACUCAUAACUCCUUAAUAGAUACUUGAUAGCUUAAUUACUCCCGAAUACUUCCUAUACAUUUGCCAUUGCUGAGUUUUACCUUUCAAUCUAUUUUUGACUCUGUCGAAUUCCCAGUUAGAAGUCUCUAUGUAUACAGUGCUGUGCAAAGUUUAUAACAGUAUGAAGCAGUUUCUAUCUACAAUUUUAAAAAAGUAAAACCUGUUUUAAGCAGCUAUAAAGUUUAUACAGAUAGUCCACAAUUUACAACAACAAUUGGUACCGGAAUUUUGGUUGUAAGCCAAGGCUCUAUGUGACCUGAUUUUUUUUACAGUUGUUAGGGUUAGGGUUACAGUGGUUGUUAAACAAAUCACAUGGUCAUAAAUCCACUUUCCCAAAUUGACAUUUUUUUGACGAAAACCAGCAAAAAAUGUUGCAGUUCAUGCUCAUGGGUCACUGCAAGCAGUUUUAAAUGUGAGCUUGGGGGAGCACAUAUUAUGGUGGCCAGAAGUGGUUUAUGAACCAUUAAAGCACUCUGAGGCCAUCAUAACUGAAUGGUUGCUAAAUGACUGGUUGUAAGUGGAGAACUCUCUGAAGAGAGGUUGCCAUUCUAAUGCAUUUUGAGAAUGUAGAAAAAAAGUAGUUUAGCUAGUGUGGUUUCCUAGGGGAAAGAAAAACAAAACAAAGCCAAACAUUAUGAGGAAAUUCCAGUAUAGAGGAUGCUUAUUUCCUCAUUGGACUUAAAAAGCAUGAAAUGUAUAGAUCAGCACAUAAUGACAGUGCUUCAUAUAUUUAAAAAAAUUGAAAAUUGCAUUUUUAUUUGAAUGGUAAUUCAAAUCUGGCCAGUGUUAUUGCAUAAUACAUUUUGUCUAAAGCUGCAAUCCUUCAUCUACUUACUUGGGGCUAAAUCCUAUUAAAGUCUAUUUUCAUUUACUUCUCAAUAGACAUCCAUACAUUUGUACCAUAAGGUACUGAUAUUUUCAACAGGUAAGAAAAUGGGGUAAAAUUGGAAAGAUCAGUAUAGUAAUAAGUAAGAUUUUGUUAUUUGAAUUUAAAACAAUAUGUAGACCUUAGUAUAAUCAUGCAGAAAUUAGAGGAAUUCAUAUUUUCAGAUGAAGCUCUGAAAGUAAAUAUUCAUGUUAUGUAGCAGUGGAAGUAUAUUUGGAUACUAAACAUAAUGAUGUACUAUUUUUUACACAAAAUAUUGGACACUUAACUAGAGUUUAAUACCUGUUGAUUCUAGGUAAUUGUUUCUGACUAAAGAGGACUAGAUUUUUAGCCCCUAGAUUUU